AUGAGCUCUCAAUGGACGGCGACGCCCAAGUCUGCCGCGUUCAGUUGGAUAGACGAAGCCGUUUCUCUAGGAGCAAUUCGAGCCCUUGUUGAAGGAGAAGAGGAUGCUACAGCUCCUAUGAGACCGGGUACGAUCUCAACGCCCCCGUCGUUGCCAAUGUCAGCGUUUUCGACACCUGCCAUUCAGCUGGAUGGACCAAGCGCACAACAGACAGCAGGGUGGAUUUACACGCAAGUUUUUCAAUCAGAAGAAUUCGAAUUUCUCAUGAAUUUCACAUCCUGCGAUGGGUUGAAUCAGUCCUUCAAUUUUUUGACUACUCCAGAAAAAGGAAGCGACGACUGGAACUUGAAUGACAUUUUGUCCUUCCACGACUUACUAGGUGCUGAUUAUGACGUCGGCAGCGACUCUUGGGGAGUCCCCGAAAAGCCAAGCCAAAUCAACAAAACUGUGGAAUGGCUGUUCGAUCCGCUGUUGACCCAGACCAAGGCGAUCUGCAAGAAGCUCCUACACUCAUCGGACACUGAUGCUUGUUUGCCGAAGGGUGUCGCCCAGUCUCUCGAUGAACAAUGCAUCGAGUUCUUCAAUCCACAGAGCCUUCGCAGGCUAUUGGACAUAUACUGGAAGAGAUGGCAUUCGAACUGUCCCAUCAUCCACCCGUCCACAUUUGAAGCCUCUCAAGCUCCGACUGAGUUAAUCAUGGUUAUGGUACUUAUAGGUGCUUUUGUCUCUGUAGAUCGUCAGGACGCCGAGAACGCGCGUAGAUGGCUGGAUUCAACUGAGAGGCUUAUAUUUAUGCUGCCCUGGUUAUCUCAAGAGGGCGAUGUCAGCCGGAAUGAAUUCGCUUUGACUCAUGAUACGAAGCUCAGACUGCUACAAGCGGCCAUCUUAAUAAGCGUCUUGCAGACAUGGGAAGGGACAGAUUCCGCAAGGAAAAGAAUUAUGAAGCUUCGAUAUCCAUACGUUGCCCAGGCUUCUCAAGAUCUAAUGCCCUCUUCGGUUGUAGUAUCAGUGGGUGUUGAUUUAGCCACCACAUUACAUGAAUGGAGCGAUUUCAUAAUCGAGGAGCAAAUUAUUCGUACCAAAUCUUUCAUAUUCCUUCUUGACACGGCUUUUACCAUUUUCCACAAGACUCCUCCUCGCAUCACCAUCCUAGACUUGGACUUUCCGUUCCCAUAUCCUGAUGUCUGUUUCCAUAGCCAGAACGGGAACGAAUUUUUCAACUCAGUACAACAGCUAGACGCCAGGUAUUUGAGCUCAAGAGAUGUUCAUAUUUAUGGCACCAUUCAGAAUCUGUGUCAUACAAACUCCACAACGAAUCUCUCUCUACCUGUAAUUACAGAUCUAGGCGGAUUCAUCUUGAUUUCAGCAAUACAUUCCAUUAUUUUCUGCCAACAAAUAUCAUGUGUAUCUUCACCAAAUGCGACCAUGUCACUGCUGCAUUCCUUAGAUAAGUGGCUUGCGCUCUGGGACAGACGCUUCAACAAUACUCAGGCUGGGCUUCCAAUCCAGCCUUUAGCGUACGAAGACGAUCAGACGGUCCGCACUGGCUUCGUACGGCAUUCGCGCGAGUAUUAUGCCUUGGCAUUAGCAAAGCUGGAGAUGAUCGAUAGGGUUCAUAGUGGCUCAGUAUCUCAGUUGAGUGACUCACAAGGCGACGUGAAAGACAUAAUAUCACAUGUCAAGAGCGCCUGGCCAUCUCAAGUCGGGUCUGCCGCCGCUCAGGUUAUUGAAUAA